GUCGAUUAGAUCAGCAUCUGAUUUUGAAUCUAAGGGUAUGGGAAGAGAUGAAGAAAUUGUGAGGAGAAAGAGAAGAGUGUGAGGACCGCCGCACACAAUAAAUUCCGUUUUGUUGAAAAGUUUUCUAAAUUUUUGGGAUUAUUCAGUGAAGGAAAAUUGAGGGGAUAAAAUUAAAUAAAAAUAAAAAUAAAUAUAUAUUUUUGAGGUUUAGCACCAUUUCUGUAUCCUUCCUUUCAGUCAUCUCUCUUUCUUUCUCCUCCCGAAUUCUGUAAUUCAGAGUUUGGUUUUCUUUAAACAGCGGCUACCCAUAAAAAGAGUCCACAAACGGCUACAAUUUGUCAUAUUUCCACAAUCAAACUGAGCGUUUAAACUAAACCCAUUUCCCAUUUUUUGUGUUUGUGGGGAUUUUUGAUCUCCCUCUCUAGGAUCUGAUUUUUCGAGAGACUUUUCUGGAAUUUUCCGGCGCAUUUUCUGACAUUUUCCCACUAUUUUUUUUUCAUCAUGUCUGAUGGGUAUUACAGUUCUAAGAAGACAGAUGAUAUCUGUGAAGAUGUUUGUGGCCAGCAGGGGCCUCGUGGUGCUUUUAGCUUGUCUAGAUUUCGAUGUAUUCUUCGAGGGUGGGAUUUGAAGACAUUAAUUUCUCUCUUUGUAGCUGUUCCACUCUUGAUUUUGUUCAUAUAUCUUCAUGGCCAGAAGAUUUCUUAUUUCCUUAGACCUAUUUGGGAGUCUCCUCCAAAGCCAUUUCAUGAAAUCCCUCAUUACUAUCAUGAAAAUAUAUCAAUGGAGUCUCUCUGUAAGCUUCAUGGUUGGACAAUGCGCGAAUCGCCGAGACGAGUCUUUGAUGCUGUUCUGUUUAGUAAUGAAGUUGACAUCCUGACUGUCAGAUGGAAUGAACUUUAUCCUUAUGUGACUCAGUUUGUGCUUCUCGAAUCAAACUCGACCUUCACUAGUUUGCCGAAGCCGUUGGUUUUUGCAAACAAUCGGGAACAGUUUAGCUUUGUUGAGUCACGGUUGACUUAUGGGAUGAUAGGGGGAAGAUUUAAGAAAGGAGAGAAUCCAUUUGUUGAAGAGGCAUAUCAAAGAUUGGCUCUAGAUCAGCUUCUUAGGAUUGCAGGGAUACAGGAUGAUGACUUGUUGAUCAUGUCUGAUGUCGACGAGAUCCCGAGUGCUCAUACUAUAAACCUCUUGAGGUGGUGCAACGAUGUUCCACCCAUACUCCAUCUUCGAUUAAGGAACUACCUUUACUCCUUUGAGUUUUAUGCAGAUGACAACAGUUGGAGAGCUUCUGUCCAUCAAUACAAGCAUGGUAAAACACGGUAUGCUCAUUAUCGUCAAUCUGAUGUAAUCUUAUCGGAUUCUGGGUGGCAUUGUAGCUUUUGCUUCCGUCAUAUCAGCGAGUUCAUAUUCAAGAUGAAAGCGUACAGCCAUUAUGACAGAGUCAGAUUUUCUCAUUACUUGAACCCUGACAGAAUUCAGGAUAAAAUAUGCAAAGGAGCAGACCUAUUCGACAUGCUUCCCGAAGAAUACACGUUUCGGGAGAUAAUCGGGAAGAUGGGACCAAUCCCCCAGUCUUACUCAGCCGUUCAUCUCCCGUCAUUCCUGCUAAACAAUGCUGAGAAGUAUAAAUACUUGUUACCAGGUAACUGCAGAAGAGAAAGUGGCUAAAUUAUGAAAAGAACAAGAUAGAAAUGAAAUGGCUUUGUAAAUGUUGAACAUAAAGAGAUCCCUAGUCAGGUUAAAGGUUUGUGUCCAAUGAAGUUGAGGCUAAAAUGAUGGGAACUGAGGGCAGAGACAAAACUUCAUAUUUGUUGCAGCUGAGGAACCUGAUUGUAAUUGCUAUUGGCUUUCUUCGAAGUUGAAUCAAAUUUCCCAAUUUUCUCUUACAGGCAUUGUUUAGGUAACACUGUAAUUUCCACCAUCUCUUUGUAUUGAUCUUAGAACAUUUGUCACAGUACUCAUUUAUUCUUUUCUCCAUAGUUUUUGUGUCAAUGAAAAGAAAAGUCAAUGUUCUUAGAUAUCAGUUUUCUUUUCUCCUCAUUUCUUUGUUGUUUUAUCUGGAAUUUGGGGUCUGAUAUCUGAAACUCCAUACUUUUCUUCU